AUGGUUGUCGAGUUCAACUCACUGCGCGUCAUCAUGUACACGGAGGCGGACGCAAGAGAAGCAAGAGAAGACGGCGUCGACCUACUCGAAGAGGCACGCGAGCUGGCCCUCAGUCAAAUGGCUAUCUACCAGCAGAAGCUAAGCCCGUGCACGCCGCCCUUGUACGACCUGCUCGCCUCCACCACCGCAAGAGGCAUCUCUUCCAAGGCGCCGCAGCAGCAUCACCAUCAGUUGUUCGGCGAGAUCGCUGACCAGGCCGUCUCCAAGUUCUGCAAGGUGAUCUCCAUCCUCGACCGCACCGGCCACGCCCGCUUCCGCCGCGGCCCCAUCCAGUCACCACCGGCGCCGCACCGGCCACGCCCGCUUCCGCCGCGGCCCCAUCCAGUCACCGCCGCCGCCUCCUCCUCCAGCUCGCAGCCGCAGAGCCUCACGCUGGACUUCACCAAGCCGAACCUGACCAUGUCGGGCGCGACGUCCGUGACGUCCACGUCCUUCUUCUCGUCGGUGACCGCCGCCGAGGGGAGCGUGUCCAAGGGCCGCAGCCUGGUGUCCGCCGGCAAGCCGCCGCUGUCCGGGCACAAGAGGAAGCCCUAUGCCGGCGCGCACUCGGAGGCCAACACCACGGGUAGCCGAUGCCACUGCUCCAAGAGAAGGAAGAACCGCGUGAAGACGACGGUGAGAAUGCCGGCGGUGAGCGCGAAGAUCGCCGACAUCCCGCCGGACGAGUACUCGUGGAGGAAGUACGGCCAGAAGCCCAUCAAGGGAUCCCCUUACCCACGGUAA